UAGAGGCUUUCUAGGAAUAAUAAUAUAUAGUUUCCACAUGAAAUCACUGCUUUCCUCAAAGUUCACAGCCACCUUCCCAACAUUGAUGAUGAUGAUGGUCCUUUUGCUGUUUGUACUACUCUUCUCCAAUCUUUGUUUCCCUGUUUUAAACAUGGCAGCAGCUUCAAAUAUUGAAUCCCAAGGGAAAGCUCUUCUUCAAUGGAAGGCGGAGCUUGAAACACAAGAACUUCUUAACACCUGGACAUCAAAGACCAGUCCAUGCAAUUGGACUGGAAUCACUUGCAGAAAUGAUGGCCAUCUCAUGCCAACCAUCACCAAGGUCCAAUUGGAACAAUUGGGACUAGAAGGGAAGCUGGAGAUUCUCAACUUCUCAGCUCUGCCAUCACUCAGAGUUCUCAACCUAAGCGACAACCAUAUACAUGGAUACAUCCCUGCAGCCAUUUCAGCUCUCUCCAAGCUCGCCAUUCUUGAUCUCUCUAACAACAAGCUCACAGGCGUCAUCCCAUCAGAGCUUGGCAAUCUGACAAGGCUCAAGACCUUGUGGCUCUUUGAGAAUCAGAUAAGUGGCUCAAUACCUCCUUCUUUUGGAAAACUUUUGAACCUAGUGAUUUUGGAAGAUCUUAGAAUAUCCUACAACCAAAUAACCGGUUCCAUCCCCCAUAAUAUUGGAAAUCUAACAAAACUUGAAACUUUUUAUCUAAGUAAAAAUAACAUAAAUGGUUCCAUUCCACAUGAAAUAGGGAAUUUAAUUAAUUUGAAAGAUCUUGAGAUAUUUGACAACCAAAUAACAGGUCCCAUCCCCAGUAGCAUUAGAAACUUGACCAAAAUUGAAACUUUUUACCUAGGUGGAAAUAACAUAAAUGGCUUCAUUCCUAGUGAAAUUGGGAAUCUAGUGAACUUGAAAGCUCUUGCACUAUUCGAAGACCAAAUAACUGUGAACUUGAGAGAUAUUGAAAUACCUCAGAACCAAUUAACUGGUCCCAUCCCCCGUAGCAUUGGAAACCUGACCAAGCUCAAAACUUUUUACCUAUAUAAGAAUAAAAUAGAUGGCUCCAUUCCUUAUGAGAUCGGGAAUCUUAUGAACUUGAUAGAGUUUGAUGUAUCCGACAAUCAAAUAACUAGUCCUAUCCCACAUAGCAUAAAAAACUUGACCAAGCUUGAAUUUUUUAACCUACAAACCAAUAACAUAAAUGACACUUUUCCUUGUGAAAUUGGGAAUCUAGUGAACUUGAGAGAUUUUGAAAUAUCUCACAACCAAAUAACUGGUUCUAUCCCACAUAGCAUCGGAAAUGUAACCAAGCUUGAGACAUUUUACCUAAACAAGAAUAACAUAUAUGGCACUAUCCCACCUUCUCUUGGAAGUUUGAAAGUUCUCACUGGGGUUGAGCAAAUGAAUGAACUAAAUGGAACCAUCCCUUUUCAACUUGGUAACUUGAACUUUAUGGAAGUUUUAGAAUUGAGUGACAAUUUAUUCAAGGGAGACAUACCACCACAACUUAGCAAGCCAACGGAAUUGCAAGAGUUGAAUCUAUCACACAAUGAGUUGGUUGGUCACAUUCCUUCUUCUUUUCAGUUAAUGACAAGCUUAACAUUAUUGGAUUUAUCUUAUAAUUCUCUGGAAGGUCCGGUUCCAAAAAACCAUUUCUUUCAAACAGCUCCCAUUAAAUGGUUUACCCACAAUAAGGGCUUAUGUGGUCAAGUGCAAGGUUUGCCACUAUGUUCUCAAUCCCAUUCAACAAGUAUAGAUGAUGCAAGGAAACAGCAUAAAGUCAUUAUCUUGAUUGUUGUUUUGGUACUUGGUGCUUUAUCUAUCUUAUUUCUAGUAAGUGGAAUAUUCACAAUAUGUUGUUAUAAAAGAAAGGGAUCCACUAUAAAUGACAUAAGGGAAGACUUUGAUGGGCAUUUCUUCUCUGUUUGGGGAGUCAAUUAUGAAAAGGAAGCAUACAAAGAGAUCGUUAGAGCGACAGAAAAUUUCAGUGAAAAAUACCAAAUCGGUACUGGAGCUUCUAGCAUAGUAUACAAAGCAACACUAUCAUCAGGAUUGACACUUGCUAUUAAGAAAAUUCAAGAAGAAGAAGCCCAAGUGAAUGAGCAAGCUUUUCAAAAUGAAAUACAAACAUUAACUGAAAUUCGGCAUCGAAAUAUUGUGAAGUUUUAUGGUUUUUGCUUCACUCAUAGAUUCAGCUUUCUUGCAUAUGAGUAUAUGGAAAGAGGAAGCUUGGGUGCCACUUUGAGAUCUGAAGAAGGGGUAAUGGACCUGAAUUGGAUCAAGAGAGUCAGCAUUAUACGAGACAUUGCUCAAGCUUUAUCUUAUCUGCAUCAUGAUUGUGCCCCACCUAUCAUUCAUCGAGACAUAACGAGCAACAAUAUUCUUCUUGAUGAAGAGUACAAGGCUUGUGUUUUCGGACUUUUGGUAUUUUCGAGAUUGCUAAAAACCUAA